CGACUCCUUCAUCUCUAUCCCUCUCAUCUAUAUACUACAAUCCUUCUGACAACGACGUCUCAUCUUCCGAGAGUACGGUCCGUACGGAGAAUUACCAAUCCCAUCGGUGCGACUCGGAUCAUAUUUGAACCCGAAGCUUUAAACAGGGCUUACUUCCGUGUAUACAGUCGAAACAAAGAUCCUCAGGUCACCACUCUAACCUGUACAAACAAACCCUCGACAUCAUUACGACCCAAUUGCUUCACACACCGUAAUCCUCAACAUCUCCCUCCCCCCGCAAAAAUGUCAUCGUCCACGACAAUCCCACCUCCACCGCCCAACCCGUCGGUGUCCUUGGGGUACCCGGCCCCCCACGUCUUACUGGUCACCAUCACGCGGGAAAGACAGAUGAACAGUAUCCCCUACGCCGUCCACUGGUACCUCCACCGUGUUUUCGAAUGGUUCGACCGUGAACCGACCUUGCGCGCCGCCGUCAUCACCGGGUCCGGCCCAAAGGCUUUCUGUGCCGGUCAGGACCUGAUCGAACUGGGGACCCGAGACCCGAAGGAAGUCGAGGACAAGCCUUACCUGAGCAUGCACCCUCCCAGUGGGUUCGCGGGAGUUUCCAGACGGGUGGGCAAGAAACCCAUCAUCGCGGCCGUCAAUGGUUUCGCUUUGGGUGGAGGGUUUGAAAUCGUUUUGAAUUGCGACAUGACUGUGGCUUCACCCACCGCGACCUUUGGUCUCCCCGAAUCACUACGUGGGAUCUACGCCGGGGCGGGAGGACUCCCCCGUCUCGUCCGCAACGUCGGCCUCCCGCUCGCCAGCGAGAUCAGCAUGACCGGUCGUUUCCUCACCGCCAAGGAGGCCCUCCAGUUCCAACUCAUCAACCACGUCUCCUCUUCCCGGGACACCGUCGUGGACGAGGCCGUCAAGUUGGCCGAGAAGGUGGCCGGCAUCUCCCCCGACGCCAUCAUCGUCACCCGCGCCGCCCUGCGCGAGACCUGGGAGACGGGGAGCGUCGAGCGCGGUUACCAACUCGUCCAGGAAAAGAUGGCCCGGGCUCUGCACGAGGGGGAGAACGCCAAGGAGGGCCUGGCGGCCUUCAGGGAGAAGAGGAAACCGGUGUGGAAGGCCAGCAAGUUGUGAAAUUGUUUGAGUUUUGGGGAAUCUUGGUGCUGGGCCCCCCCCGGGCAUGUCCCAGGGCAAAGUACGCUUGUGGUACGUGGCAUGUACGCAGAAUGAAUGCAUGGGCCCAGGGACAAUCAGAGUGACGAGAGCGGUAACGAGAGAAAAGAAGGGAAAAAAAAUCAAUACAGAACAUCAUGAAAUCAUG